AUGUCUGGGAUGCCAAACAAUAUGCCAAUGGGUGGAGCAAUGUCAAUGGCACAGAUGGGCGUGUCAAACAUGACACUGCCGCCACAACCCGAGUACGAUAUGGAUAUCCUCCUCAAGCUAUCGACGGCCAGUCCAGAGAACAUUACAUCCAGAGUCAGCAACAACAAUGGACAAUGGCAGCAAGCACAACAUAAACAACAACAACAACAACAACCAUUGAACCAAUAUCAAUUGGAUGAGUAUAAUAUGUUAUCAACUCAACUGGGCAACCUUCUAUCAUUCUCAACAAAGAAGUCCUACAAGCAAGUGUACAUGGAGGUGACACAAACCAUCAGUCAAUACGGUCAUCUAGCCGAAGUACUGAUGUUUAGAUUACUGAUCGACAGUAUCGAUCAUAGUGACGUGAAGAACAACAAUGCGAAUAAUAAUAACAACAACAAUCAACAGGAUAUGAUGAGGAUACAGUUGUUCAAGGAUGAGGUCAACAGACUUUGGCAGCAACCCAACUUUACAUCGAUUCUAUGCAAGGCGCUCGAGACACUGGAUGAUAUCAGCCUGGAGUCAUUGCUCCAGUCCACCAAGAUGCCCACGCACCAAGAAAUCCUCCUAGGUCUAGCAUUCUCGCAGUCGCUCAAUCCACAGAUUAAGGAACAAGGUGACAAAUACAUAUUGAAUAUAAUACCUCUGACGAACACUCAAGCAUUGCCUCAGCUAGUACUCAAUCAACUUCGAUUCAAAGUGAAGCAGGACAUCAACAACCCUCCAUUAAUGGUAUCUCGAGUCUCUCCCUACUUCCACUCCCAAAGCCCAAACAUGGACUUCUCAGUCCAGCAACAGCAACAGCAACAACAACAACAACAACAGAAGCACUACAACAACAACAACAAGCCAGUCAAAUCACCUCUACCAUACACCCUGCUGCAGCACUUCAGACCGUUCACAGCGACACAUGCCAGCCUCAAGGAGCCAUUGAAGGCCUAUCCCAAGCUGACAGAGUCGAACGUGGCACAGUUGCUUGGUGCGAGGAUCGAAGCUGCUUCGACAAAGUUCGAGGAGGACCCUUACGCCCAGGAGAUCGCCUGCCACAAUGCAUGGAGCGCUGUGUUUGUCGACGUCAUCAGGGAGCUCUAUCCCGCGGUGGAUUGGUCGUUGGUGAUUCGCGAGCUCGACUAUCCAGGCUUUGUUAUCGAGGACCACAACCAGGUGCGAGUGAUCGUUAGCACUUACAAACGAGCGUCCAACAACGCCGUGUUCCCGAUACAUCAUCUUGUGGACCAUGAGUGGCAGAACUCGCUGGGACAGCUGGCGUUUAUCAAGGUGGCGCUGCAGACCGACCUGCCGUUCUUCCAGUCUGCGCCGGGCCAGGAGCCCGCCAGCAACAAGGCACAAUGGAUCGCGCAUUGGAACUCUUUGCAUCUCAUCGCCAUCCUCUUGGCCCUCUCCGAUCUCGACCAGGAGCACCUUGCAAAGGCUCGCGCGAUCUUUGACUUCCCCAUCAAGAAUUGUCCAGAGAUACUCCUUAGUGGACUAUCUCAUAUGCCUGAGCACAUCGACGGUCUAUUGUAUCGUGAGUUGCUACAGACCUUGUUCCUGGGUCUGUUGUUCAAUCACAGCUAUCAAGUACACAUCUCACAACUGUGGAAGGAUCAUCCAAACAUUGUCCUCCAAGGCAUGUCUGACAUCUAUCACAAGGACCAGAACUACCUCUCACGUCUCCUAGACAUUGCGCAAGAACUUAAGAUACUUACACAGAUGCUCAGCUACAAGUUGUACCCAUUCAUUAUCGAGUUGGCAGUGCUGGCUUCACAGAGAGAGUUCUUGCAUCUUGAGCGAUGGCUACAGGAGAAGAUGAAGGAUGACGUGGACUUUGCAAGAGAGUGCACAUUGUUCCUUUGUGACAAGUUGCAAAAGUUGCCAGAGUCCAGUCAUAUAUCGAUUACGACUGCUUCAAUGAUGACCAUCUAUCACGUGCUAAAGUCCAGUGUCAAUGUGUUGCCACAGGAUAUUGCCUCCGUUAUCAUGAGCAUCAACCCCAACUUUGUCAGCAACUAUGGAGGUGGUGUUGGCGGCGUUGGUGCCUCUAGUGGCGGUGGCGGUAGCGGUGGACCAAACAACAUGCUCGGCGACCCCAACUCGUCGGCGCCACCAGAGCGUCGCUUCCCCGAGGACGUCGAAGAGGAGACCAACCUCUACCUCAUCCAACUCUACAACGAACAGACAUCAGUCGAUCAAAUAGUCAACAUCCUCAAAGGAUAUAAGGUAUCACAGAUACAAAGAGAGAACGAGAUAUACAAGUGCCUGCUGUUCAAUCUGUUUGAUGAGUACAAGUUCUUGAGCGACUAUCCGGACAAGGAACUGAGGAUCACGGCCAUAUUGUUUGGAUCGCUGAUCAAGAAUCAACUGAUCACAACUCAACCAUUGCGCGUGGCCCUCAAGUACGUACUGGACGCAAUCAAGCACCAGGCAUCGACCAAUAUGUUCACCUUUGGAACGACCGCUCUAAUGGCGUUUGCCAGUCGUCUGUUGGAGUGGCCACAGUACUGGAGUCAGAUAUGCGCGAUGCCUCACUUUAGGACCUACGCCAACGGUGACUUUAUGAAGCAGAUCAACGCAAUAAUCGAGCAGGCCAGUUUGGAGUCGGACGAUCCAUCGCGACUCCAACAACAGCAACAGGGUGGCGAUAGCACUUCACCCAACGUUGGCCUGUACAACGAGAUGGACAAUAUCAACUUUGAAGCGCCAGAUGAGAGUGGAAGUGACACGUACCAAGGUCACGGUGCUCAUGGCUCAAUUCACACGAUGCACGGUGGCUCACAACAGGGAGGCGGUGGCAGCGGUAGUGGCAGUGGCCAGUUCAUCAACAACAUGCAGCAACAGCAGAAGGGUGACGGCGACGAUGACGACGAUGGCGAAGACCACCACCACAAUGGAUACGCGUCACACAAGUCCAACGACAAGAAACGAUCGGACAAGACGCCAAAGGAGCCCGAUGUCGACGAGCUUCCAGUGGGCAACCACCCCGUGCCCAAGGACUUUGCGCAGCCGGACGAGGUGACUCGCGACAAAAUGUUCUUUAUCAUCAACAACGUCUCGGUGCUCAACCUCGACAACAAGGUAAAGGAGAUGCGCGACAUACUCAAGCCAGAGUUCUACGACUUUUUGGCCGAGUACCUGGUGACCACGCGUAUCAGUCUCGAGGCCAAUUUCCACCAUGUCUACAUGCAGUUCCUCGACCGACUGAACCUGCCUGAGCUGACUCAGCAAGUGCUGUUGUUCACACACAACAACAUCUGCAUGCAUCUCCGCUCGGACAAGAUCAAGACCAAGGAUAGCGAGAAGACACUGCUGAGAAACCUUGGUGCCUGGAUUGGAAUGCUAACUCUGGCCAAGAACAAGCCACUGCUGCACACCUAUUUCUCGCCCAAGGACCUACUCAUAUAUUCCGUUGACCACGGCUUGGUCAACGCCGUCGUUCCAUUCGUCUCCAAGCUGCUGGACAGCUGUAUGCAGUCCACGGUGUUCCGCCCACCCAACCCAUGGGUGAUGCCCAUCGUGCGCACAAUGAUGGAGAUCUACCAUCUGAAGGAGUCGCGUAACAACAUCAAGUUCGAAGUGGAGCUGCUGAUGCAGAACCUGAAGCUGGACAUCAAGGAGACCGAACCCUCCACGCUCAUUCGCGAUCGACGCGAGCGAGCCCAGCGCAAGGCCUCCGAGGAGGAGCACGAGCAACUGCGACAGCAACAACACGCGUCGGGCAUGAUGCGUAUGCCAUCGGCAGAUGAGCUGAUGCAGAGCAUGGCACAUUACAUUCAGUACAACCCGGCAAUUGGCAAUCUGGCCCAGCUACCCCUGUUCAAGAAGAUCGUGCCGAUGGCAUUCGAGCGCGCCAUCAAGGAGAUCAUUGGACCUGUGGUCGAGCGAUCGGUAGGCAUUGCCGUCGUCACGUCCAAGGAGCUGGUCAGCAAGGACUUUGCCACCGAGGCCGACGAGCUCAAGAUGAAGAAAGCUUCGCACCUCAUGGUGCAGAACCUCGCUGGCAGUCUCGCGUUGGUGACUUGCAAGGACCCACUGCGCAUUGGCAUGACCACACACUUGCGAUCAUUCCUGCAGUCGACGAACGAGGCGCUUCCACCCCAGCUCGAGCACGCCAUAUCCACCGUGUGUUCGGACAAUCUUGACUUUGUCUGCUCGAUCAUUGAGCGUGCCGCCACGGAGAAGGCCAUCGUCGACAUUGACGUGGUGCUGUCUUCCAGCUACAAGGAUCGCCAGAAGCACAAAGAGUCGGCUGGCACACAGCAGCCCUUCUUUGACAUGGGCUACUUCACCAACACGAUCUACAACAAUCUGCCUGAGCCACUGCGCCCCAAGCCAGGCGGAAUACAGCCCGAUCAAUUCCGCGUUUACGAAGACUUCCACAACCUCACUCAUCACAACGCAACGAUUGCACAGGCUUUGAACCAACAGGAUAUGUCUGAUCAACUGCUGCAGCAACAACAGCAACAACAUCAACAACUCCCACUGGGUGGAUCAGUUUCGCCACCUGGCGGAUCGAUUGGCCUCCAGCAGCCCAACCUGCAAGGCGCCACACUCUCCAACAACGAGCUUCUCGAGAAGUUUGGAUUCUUGCUCAAUGACGUGGACAAGGCCAUCAUGAAGGUGCUCAUCGCCAACUCGACUAUUGAGUUUGAGCUGCUGUUCAAUGUCGUGCAGCAGAUGCGCUCUAUCAUGUUGCUAUCGACAUCACGCGUCGAGCUUGCCCAAGGUUUCACACAGAAGCUUUUCAAUCGACUGUGCGAGCCCGACAGGAAGCCCAUUUACGAGUUCUACUUUGAGCUGCUUGAGGUGAUCCGCGACUGGGAGAUCCACAAGAUCACCAUCCAGCUGACCUCAUUGCUCCUGUACACCCCACCCGACAAGAAGCUCAACCGUAUCCUUGUUGCCGGCCUAAUAAUCCAUCAGUUGAUCAACGUCAACGAGUACGACCAACAGCUGGCCGCAUUGAUGAUGGUGGCAGACCCCACCAAGUCAGCGCCACUAAUAGAGUUCGCCGUCAACCUGCUGCGCUUCACCGUGCUCGAGAACCAGUACGCUGUGGCCAGCGAGUUUAUCUGCAUCACAGACCUCCUCACCAAGAUCGCACAGAUGUCCCCAUCGGACGUGCUUCUCAAGACGCUUGACGACAUCAAGAACAAGAACCCCAAGGAGGAGAAGAAGCGCAGGAUCUCUCGCAUCAAACAGGAGGAGCUCAACAGAGACCCACCAGGACUCAAGGACGCCACGAUCUCGCUCCUUCAGGACUGGAUCGUCUUCUCAUCGACCAACACCGAUCAGAAGAUCUACGUGCAAUACCUAGCACAGGUGCUCAACCUGAACAUCAUGAAGAACGACAUCUACUUCCAGAAGUUCUUCAAGAUUGCGCUCGAGUGGACCAUCGAGAAGUACAACACCAACUUGGCGAUUGCAGGUGACCAGCUCAUCAUGCCUCAGUACAUGGAGAUCGACGCGCUGUGCAAGUUCAUCGUGCUGAUGAUCAAGCAUGGCGACCCGGCCUUCCUGCCCACCCUCACCAAGAUCCUCACAUUGUUCAUCCGCGUCUUUACCAAGGACUACGAGACCAGUGGACGUAGCUUCAACCAACGCCCAUACAUGCGCAUCUUGGAGAACCUUAUCACUGACCUAAACACGCCAGACCCUCUGCUCGAGCAGGUGUCCACUCACAUCCUCUACUGCUUUGUGAGCACGCUCAUGACCCUGCAGCCACUCAAGUACCCUGGCUUCUGUUUCGCCUGGCUCGACCUGAUCUCCCAUCGCAGUUUCCUGCCCAAGCUUAUGUCCAAGCCACAGCCCAAGUCUUGGUUCCACGAUCUGCUCAUCCAACACUUGAAGUUCAUGGACCCAUUCCUUCGCGAGAUAGACAUCAACGAGCCCACGCGUCUGUUGUACAAGGGCACACUCAAGGUUCUCCUCGUGCUCUUGCACGACUUCCCCGAGUUCCUCUGCGAGUAUCACUUUAGCUUCUGCGACGUCAUCCCCAUCACAUGCAUCCAGCUUCGCAACCUGGUGCUCUCAGCAUUCCCUCGCUCGAUGCGUCUGCCCGAUCCCUUCACUCCCAACCUCAAGGUGGACAUGCUGCCAGACACCAGCCAGCCUCCACACAUCUCAUCCAACUUCACAGACAACCUCAAGUUGCUCAAGAACGACAUUGACAACUAUCUCAAGAACCGCUCACCAUUCACAUUCUUGGCUGACCUCAAGAACAAGUGUCUGGUGAAUCCAGAGACUGAGGAGAUCGUUGGCGGUACCAAGUACAACACGCCAUUGAUCAACGCCCUGGUGCUCUACGUGGGCACACAGUCGAUUCCCAAGUUCAGACGUACAAAUAACAACCAACCACCAACACCAGCACAAAGCGCACCAAUGGACAUCUUCCAUCGAUUGGCCAACGAUCUCGACGCUGAAGGACGAUACCUAUUCUUCAACGCCAUCACCAAUCAGCUGCGCUAUCCCAACAAUCACACUCACUACUUUAGCUGUGUCCUUCUCUACCUCUUUGCCGAGGCACCCCAAGAGAUUGUAAAGGAACAAAUCACAAGAGUAUUAUUAGAAAGAUUGAUUACGAACAAGCCACAUCCAUGGGGAUUGUUAAUCACAUUCCUUGAGUUGAUCAAGAAUCAAAGAUACAACUUCUGGAGUCACUCAUUCACUCGCUUGGCACCAGAGAUUGAACAACUAUUUGAGUCUGUUGCCAAGAGUUGCAAGAACAGGGAGGCUGUCCAAACUCCAGGCCAAGUACAGCCACAGCUACAACAAUAG